CGGUUCCGGUCUAAUUUGUUUUGAAAUCAACAGUCUGUGGUGACAGUUUUAGUUACGCUCCUGUGUUACCGCAAAAUAGCAUUGCUCAAGCACCGCGCUUCGCGCGAUGCUUUAGAGCUUCACUGAUGAUGUAAACCCAUUCGUACCGGAAUCUGCCGAGGUUUGCCGAGUGGAUGUAAACCAGGUUGGGCAAUAGACUUGAUUAUCUAGACGCUCGGUACUUCCCCCCCACCCCCAGCCCAGCCCAUUUUGAGCGAAACUUAAGAUGGCGAGUAUAACUAUUGGUGGUAGAAAGAGAACACUUAGAAAAUCGUCAGUGAUUUUAUUGAUAUUGAUACCAUUUGUGUUGGUAGCGAAGGUCUACCUGAACUAUUUUUACAACGAUUCAGGCAUUUGUUAUAAUGAUGCGCCAUUCAACUCUAACAAGCUUUAUUUAACAGUAACAGUGACAGUCGAAUCGCCACUUGAGAUUCUGAUGUUCAAAUACGCGUCAUUAUUGGGUUUAUCGUUUGAAAACAAGAGACAACCUUCGUUUCCAGCCAAUACUAUGCUAGAAAAUAUGUUCUAUAUCCGUUCAACAUCGUCUGGAAGAACAGAUUGCUGGGAUAAAAGAAUCGAAUCGAUACCAAUGGGAUACGACGCUAGUUUAACAAGCUUACCUCAAAGAAACGUGUCUAUUAAAGGCUAUCUGCAAUCUUGGAAAUACUUCCAGUCAAUUGAACAAACAAUAAGAAAAGAAUUUCGUUUUAAAAAUCAUAUUCUUCAAGAGACUAAAACAAAAUUCAAUAAAUAUAUCGAUAAAGCGAAAGAAAGUGUAGUAGUGGGUGUACAUGUAGCUGGAAAUAACGUAUUAUUAUACAUGGGUGAUGUAAUACAGGGACUAAAUAAAGCACCAUUAACGUACAUACAAAAUGCUAUGAAACACAUGCGUUCAAAAUAUAGAAAUGUCAAAUUCUUAGUAUUGUGUGAUGACAGGAACUGGUGUCAAGCCUAUAUCAAAGGUAGUGAUGAUGUUGUGUUUACUGAUGAGGCGGAUAGUAGAACUGCGUUAAUUUUAUUAAGUCUCUGUCAUCAUUCAAUAGUAACAACAGGACUGAUUGGUUACUGGGGAGCAUGGCUAGCUAAUGGCCAUACAGUUUAUUAUAAUGACUAUAUACGUCGCCAGUCGGCAAUGGCAAAACAAAUAAGAUAUAAUGAUUUUUUCCCCCCACAUUGGGUGCCUAUGGGUAUUUAAAGGGACUUUUGUUUUGAUUUGGUCUAAUUGUAUAUGAUUUAUAAUAAAUGUUAAAAACUAAA